ACCACGUUGUACAGAACGGCAAGAGCGUAGUAGCGCAUGCUGAUAGCCGCCCUAUCGAUCCAUCCGCACCCGAGCUUUCUCUCGCUUCUCCUCACAAGCCUCGUGAACGUCGUUACCGAACCACCGUCCCGGCACCGUUGUAUAAUAACUCGGGGUGUGAUUUUCUUUCCGUGCGAUAACAAUAUCCGUGUCCUUUCUUUCCCGUUCUCGCCAUCUCGAUCGUGCAUCCUGUGGAACGGCCAUCAGGAGCAAGGAGUACUAGGAGACGAGCAAGCAACGGCAACGUUAUGGCACGUCACGAACAUUGCAGGGCGAUUUUCCUACUGUGGUGCAUCUCGAGCACAGCGUUCAGCAUUACUCUUCCUACACCAACGCGACAAGACUUAUACACCACACGUAGAACACCAAAGGUCCGCGUAGAUUUGCCUACCCAGAGAACGAGAUUACCCUUGGUUAUAGUUAAUUCCGAAAUCAAAACAACCACGAGUGCGCCCGCAACCACAACAACUACACAAUCACACAGAUCAGUUUCAACGGAUAAACCCUUAUAUCGAUUGGACAGAAGCAACGGACAAGCUUGUAUCCUUCUUCAAGUAGAUGCGAUUGUUGCCGUCAAAUAUCGCACAAAAUACGGCGAGGAUCAAGAAGUGGAUAUCUAUGUACCUGAUGAUGCGACCGUGACCGGAAAUUGUGACAAUGAAAAUACGGUGACAAUGUCAUUGAAGUGGAAUGCCUUCGUAUUAUCUUGGAGUUUCGCCAAGACACCUGGUGGCGAACGUUGGUAUGUCGAGAAAAUUGAAUUGACCUACAAUUCUAGCGACAAACACUUUGAACACGUUGAUGAACCAAAUAAAACUAUUCGAGUGAGUACCGGACAGAAACACAGUGCCAUGCUAUUCCCUACACCGGUUGGAAAAUCGUACGCUUGUUCCGAGGAAAAAGUAAUUCCGCUCACCGACGGAAAGAAAAAUCAAGCCAGUGUACUUCUGAGAGAUAUGAAGCUGCAACCCUUCAAGUUCAAGAACAACGAGUUCGCCUCCGAAUUCUCAUGCGCCUCGUUGAGCGCGCGCGCAGGUAGGGAUGAAACCGCGCCGGUUGCAGUCGGCUCGACGCUGGCGGCCGCGGUCCUCCUGACGAUCACUGGCUACGCGGCCUACCGAUACUUCAAGGUGAAGAAGGUCAAAUAUGACACGAUGGAGUAAGAAGGGCGAAUCGAUUCCCCACUGUCACUGACGAUGCCAAAGCGUGCGCGUAUCGCCAAAAUUACGACUCGUAGUUUUUAUUCCUUCCCGCCCACGUUAAUCAUUGUUUUGGAAAAAGGCUCGUUUGCAUUCUUCGUCGAGCAUUUUUGUUUAAUUGACUGGAAGUUGUAUCAAUCGGACUUGUAAUUAUCGAGUAACGAUUUACAGAAUUAAAUCCUCUUAUAGAAAAUUAAACGUGUCAAUUGAAGAGUCAAAUUGGAGGCAGGCAAUGUUACAUUGAAGCAGGCUUCAUCUUUCGUGAGACGAAAUAUCAGAGAGAAAAAAUUCGAAAGAUCUUUUAACGUGAUGGAUAUUUUUAAAGGUUUUGCAGAAGGUAUAUGAGUAGAUGUAUUUGAAUUUUUUUAUUAUUUAAAGAAAGAUAAUCUCGUUAUGUUAUGAACCUAUAAUAUUAAUAAUUAUUAUUAAUUAUUAAUAUUAUAAUUCAAUUAUUUUUUGAAAAAGUUAAUCUCUUAAAAGUUUUUAUCGUCAUUUGCUUCGAGCUUAUAAAAAUUGGACUACAUUUAUUUUUACAUCGGUUUGGAAAAGACUUUUUGUUCUUUUAUAUGAAAUGUUUGUUUAUAAAAUUAGACAAUAUUGUCAAUUUUUGUUUACGAUUAGAGCAAUUUCAGAUCACGUUUUAAUGCAUCCUUAUAUAUAGAAAAUAGAUAUCGUCGAUUUAUGCCAUAAGUAUUAAUAUAAAAGUGUCGAAACAAAUGAUGCAAUGGAUGAAUUUCAUGAUUAGUGUAUACGCGACAUUUAUCAAUCGCGUAGAUCGAAUGUCAAUCGAUUCGUUCAGAAUUUAACUGAAAAACGACAUUCGUAAUCGCAAACUCGGAUGGUUGUAUCAAUAGGCUUUUAAAUUUGUAGAUCUUGCCGUUGUAUGAGCAUUGAAUGAGGAACAUUCCAAAAUCUUGUCACUCGUGCAUUUUCUCGUCACAAAAAUUACAUUGAUGAUGGGAUCUUUAGGGAAUUUGCAUAAUUUUCUAGAGAAUUACAGAGAAGAAAAAACACAGCUAUACUUUAAUGUUCCGCGGAAUACAUGCGUCAUUCAAACAGUUGAAAUAAUUAAAUUGGUUCCCUCGGCGUAAAAAAACUCGCGAUAUAACAUAUCUUUAUCCAUUUGAAUAUUAUUAUUAUAGAUAAAAAUAUAAUAGUAGUAUAAUAACAAUUUUGAUUAUAAUCCGAGAUUCAAGAUUCCAUAAACGAGGUUCUUUAAUACCUCAAAGAUGUAAGAGGGUCCUUCUUGGCAGCUAAUGAUGUUAAAUAGGUAUCUAGAUUAAUUAACGAGAGUGUAUUAAAAGUCUUAAUACAUUUCAAUGUGACGCCUUAAAUUAUCUUGUACAUAGCAAUCGUCUAUAAUUUACUGAUAGAUUAUUUCCAAUUUUUUACAUCGAUUGUACUCAAUUUUACCAUGCUUUACUCUUUGCAAUGUAUAGCUUUGUAAGUUUCUCGAUUUGCGAAAUUUAAGAAAUACUUACCUGUAAAUAUAAAGUUAAAUUAGUUCGUCCCACAACAUAUAUAUAUAUAUAUAUAUAUAUAUAUAUAUAUCUGUUAUUAUUUAUGUCUUGGGUGGAAAUGUGAAUUGUGAUCCAGACAUUUAGAAUUUGCAUCAGAAUUGAUCUCAAACAUUAUUCUCGCUCGAUAUUAUGUAGUACAAGAUGAGAAAUUGUAGAAGAGUCUAUAUCCUUCGCGAGGUUGUUUCUCAAAUCUUCUUCGAAAUAUUUAUAUGAAUAUGUCAAUUUUCGAGGACUAACAGAGUAGUGAUAAACUUCAUAUCGGGAGUGGCGUUACACAAAUACACGCCACGAUAGGAUAAUUCUUUCAUCCGGCUUAUAAUUCUUUGUGUAUGUGUGUGUGUGCGUAUGUAUGUGUGUGCUAUGCAAUAUACUAUGUAAAUAUACAUAGGCGAGGUGAAGCCGCAUUACGCGUAUUAUGCGUGAAGCAUUUAGAUUACAAAUACACAGAAUUUAAUUUAGAAAAAUUCACGUCAACAUUGAUUACACUUCAUUUUCUUUUGCAGAAGUUUCCUCGUGUUCCUUUCUUUUACAUUCUACUCUGUAUUUUCGUUGGAUGCAUCUAAAAAUUUUGCUAUAAAAGUGCUGGUUUUAGGAAUGGUACCUUGACAUGUAAAAUUCAAAGUUGUAAAUUUAUAUUUAAACUUUUGCCCACAGAAAAUUACGAUACGCAUAGUUAUUAAUGGUAUUGUUUCAUCAGUUAUGAUAUACGGUGGAUAAAACACGAGUUUGCAUUUUGAAGUGAUUACGGAAAAGGUCAUUUAUUUAUAUAUCGAAAAUAGCUAGUCGCUGGCGAUGGCGCGUGAUGAAUAAUAUAAUUACUAGCGAGAAAGUUAUGACGUACCUAACUGUGUAAGAUGUAUACGUCCACGCGUGCAUACAUUAGGAAUAUAUACAUAUCUACGCGUGUACAUAUACGUUAUAUAGACAUAUAAAUAUAUGACUAUAUGAAGAGAAACUUACGUUAUCAAGAUAUACGCAUAAUAUAAAAAAAAAUAUAUAUAUAUAUACAUAUAUAUAUAUAUAUUCUCUAAUAUAUAUAUAUAUAUAAACCUCUGUCUUCCAAAUGCAUAUUAAAGUUAUUUCGUGUGUAAAUAUAUAUAUUACGAAUAUCGUAUAAUAAUGUAUUUCCACAGAUUUGUCAAUCGUCGACUCGUAAAUGUGGCCGGUAGCGAGUAUCGUGACGAUUCACAAGAUCUUGAUUUAUAGAAUUCGAAGGAUCUGAAAUAAUUAACUCUAUUUCGAUUUAAAAAAAAAAAAGAGAAAGAAAGGAAAGACGCGCGUGAGAUUUGAGAACCAGAUAAAUCUAUUUUUUCGAAGGUACAUUAUUGCAUAAAAACUUAUCACACUUAUAGUUCAAUUAGUUAUAUCUUUCGAAAUUUCUGCUAGCUAUUAUGAUCCAAUUGAAUUGAUUUGAAUCGGCAAGAUCGGAUGAACGCAUCACGUACGCUCGCGUAUGUCGUGAUACUGACACGAGAAAGGUCUAGCUGUAAUUACAUGGAAUUGUAUUUUUGUGCUAAAAUCAAUCUUAUCUUAGAUAUUAAAGGAAUAGUAAAAAACGAAUUGAGAAAAUUAAUGGUGCGCGAUUCCGCUUGCGUCUCGGUGGAUUAAUGGGUGGAAUAUAUUUAAUAGAUCUCUCUCGACUUGAUUUUACGCGACUUUGCGUUUUCCUUUGUAAAAUUGUGUAAGAAACAACGGUGAGGCACGAUGAGGCAGAUUGUUGAAUCGCGACGUCUUCGAUAAUGAAAUGACGUCAAAUUAUGAAUCAUAUCGCUUGACCUAUAACCGCAAGGCGUUAAGUCUUGUAACAAUUAUUAUAAUAAUCUUAAUACUUAUUAAGUAAUAUAAUUAUUAUAAUAAUUAUUAUAAUAAUUAAUGUAAUGAUUAUUAUAAUAAUGCGUUACAAUUGCGAAGACCGCCAGAAUGGAAAGGUGGAUUCCAAUUUCACGUGGCGCAUAGCGACAUAUAUCUAAUUAAAAUUGUAUCAUAACGAUAAAAUAAAGGCUGUUAUACAAA